UCUUCAACAAAGCAGUCCCUGAUUCAAAAAGAGCAGUAGAAUUAGCCAGUAAUAUGAGGUCAGAAUGGUUGAGCCACCAGUCACAUAAUAGCAUUGCCACCUCAAGGAAUUCUGAUCCUACAUGGAAAACUCCUCCUGCAGGUUUCAUGAAACUCAAUUUUGAUGCAGGAUGGGCUGGAGAACAGGGCACAGGUUUUGGACUAGUAGUUAGAGAUGAUAAAGGAGAGUUCCAAGUAGCUGCAACUCACUACGAGGAAUACAGGAUGGAUCCUUUACUGGCAGAAGCUGUUAGCUUCAGAUGGGCUCUGAAUAUGGCAGUUAGCUGGGAAUUAGACCACUUGAAUUUCUCUUCAGAUUGCCAGCAGCUGGUAAAGGCUUUUCAAAGUCCCAAUGACUUUCCCUCUUUGAAGCACAUUCUCUUAGAUUGCCAGCAACUAGUUGAUAGUCUUAACAAUUUCUCUUUACUGUUUGAAUAUAGACAGACUAAUAGAGUAGCUCAUGCCUUAGCUGCUGAGAGCUUUUUGUAUCAAGACUGUGUAUGGUGGGGCGAUCCGCCUCUGGAUAUCCUAUUACACCUGGCAGCAGACUUUUCUAAUUAAUCAAAGUAGU